CUCAUCUCCGUCAGCUCUGAAGAUGGGCACUUGACCUUGGAGGCCCCAGAAAUGAAGAAGCUGUGCUUGCCUGUAAAGCUGCCCAGGAAAAACCGUGUGGUGAACUGCAGGGUGUUUGGACUGGAUAUCCAAGGCAGGGACUGUGGAGAUGAAGUGGCUCAGUGGAUCACCACUUUUCUGAAUUCGGAGCCAUAUCGCCUGGUGCACUUUGAGCCUUCCAUGGUGCCAAGAAAGUCAAAGGACAUAAUAAAUCUUUUCCGAACCACAGAUGAGGUUGCCUAUCCUGACUGUAGCCCAGUCUUGGUCAUCUCGGAAGCUUCACUGGAAGAUUUAAAUGCCAAGCUGGAGAAGAAAGUGAAGAUACAGAACUUCAGGCCAAAUAUUUUUGUGACGGAUUGCAGUGCUUUUGAGGAGGACACCUGGGAAGAUGUUGUUAUUGGUGAUGUGGAAAUGAAAGGGACAGUGUGUUGUGCCAGGUGUAUUUUAACAACUGUUAACCCAGACACUGGCGUGCUGGACAGGAAGGAGCCCUUGGAAACAUUGAAAAGUUACCGCUUAUGUGAUCCAUCUGAGCGACACAUCUACAAAUCCAGCCCUCUCUUUGGAAGAUACUUUGCUGUUGACAAAACGGGAAAGAUUCAAGUUGGAGACCCUGUGUACAAGAUGGUCCAGUAA